UCGAACCGAAUUUCUAGGAAAGCUUUUGGCGCGUUUCCGGUAAUGUUAUACCGGUAUCGAUAUUUUAUUUUUUUUUUUUUUUGAGAAAUUUAAGUGAACAGAUUAUUUUAUUUUAAAAUCUAGGCUUAUACCGAAUACAUAAAAUUCGUUUCUUCUUUGUAAGGAAAAUGGCAACAACCAUUCAGACUACAGAAAUCUUUGAAGCUUUCAUGGAAAGUGAAGAAAAGCACGUAAUAGAAAAGAUUAAUGGAAGAGCUGCAAUAACAAGCCCAGAACGUGAAAAGAUUGUUGCUGACCUGAAAUCAAAUCUGACCGACUUUGUGAAGUCCAGAGAACGUAUAAAAGAAUUGGCAAGAGAGUAUUCUAACCAACGUUGGACAGCCGAGGACUUAACACACAUUGUGACCUCAUUGGUGAAAAAUAAUGAGUAUGUUGCCGAGGCCAUUGCUGCAGCAUUUUACUUUUGCUGGGAUCUACUGAAGACCAAAGCACAAGGCGCCUGGGACCAAGUGAAGGAACUUUUUAGUAUUUGCACGGGCGGUCUAACUAAAGUCGUCACACCUGUAGUGGAAGCUGUUGGUGGAUGGAGGAUGGCCGUUCAAGCUGGUAAAGCUAUUGCCAAAUAUUUUAAGUUUUGGUAAUUGCCACAAACUGGGCACAAAUUGGGCACAUCACGCUCGAAUAAUUUUUUUCUUAAGUUAGAUAAUUGAAGUUUUCCUAAGAAUAAUUCUCAGGGUGGAGACGUAUUCUAAUCUAUGUUGACAAAAUAACUUUAACAACUUCUACUUGUAAAACACGAAUAAACGUUGCUAAUUUAUCUCUUAUUGAAAUGCCGUACAAUGGGCGCCACUGUAAGUCACCAUAGUCAUCAAACUGCCCCAAGUAUAGACUUCCUUCCACGCAGGCACUGUCGUUUCAAUUCAUGCUAAUAACAAACUAAAAUGGUUGCUAAAAAUAUAAAAACAACUCUUGUAAAGUAUUGAAUUCCUCUUCAAUAUUAUAAAGACCCAAAGAACAAUAAUCCUGUUUUUACUAAGAAUAAACAACAAUUAAUAUUUAUCUAUCUUUGAUUAUUUACUUAAGAAACUCAGUAAUUAAUUCUCAUUUUAAAAUAUAAAACUAUAGAAGAUUUAUUUUAUAAUAAACGCAUAAUAAACGUAUCCAUUCUAAAAUGC